AUGCCUAUCCCAUUGGACCCAUUUUCAUUCCGUCAGGCUAGAGCCGACGAACUCGAUAUAUUUAUUGACAUCUUGGAGCGAGCAGCUCAAUGGAUGGAGGCCAAUUGUCUCAACCAAUGGAUCCCUGGAUCCUUUGUUGCUCCUAAAACUCGUGCUCAUAUCAAGCAUACUAUCUCUCUUGGUAAUGCCUACUUCAUCAUCAAGACUGAGUCCGAUCCACUUAACGCUGACACUUCAGAUGGGACAGUCCCUGAGAGUGCAGCCGAAAAAGAAACUAUUAUCGGCACAUUUACUUUGAAUUAUACAGAUCCGUUUGAUGAGAUGCUCUGGAAGGACAUUGUAGAUGAUUGGUCAGAUGCUGUUUAUAUUCAUCGUCUUGUGGUCGAACGAGAGUACAAGGGCUAUGGUUUGGGCCCAAGAGCCUUAAUGUUUGCAGAACAAGAAGGUCUGAAGCGAGGCAAACAUUAUCUUCGGUUGGAUUGUAUGGCGGAUAACAAGCUUCUAAAGAAAUAUUACCGCGAAAAAGCAAUGUUCAAAGAGUUUGAAGAUUAUCCAGGAGAGAGACUCUUUGGCCGAUUUGAGAGACCUAUCACUGCAGUAUCACCUUAAACCGUUACGUUCGGACUAGAUCGCCCUUGUAGAUCCUGGAGUAUUAAAAUAUGAUCACCAUUUCCAUUGUAAACCUCUCUCUUUCUUCUUUAUUUAUCAUGUUCUUGUUAAUUAUCCUUCAAAUCUACCAACUUUAAUAAAUAAGUU